AUGAGUGCUAAAGGAAAACUUGUAGAACCCAAAGGUCUCAACUCCGAUGCAUUCGACCAUACCUUCGGCCCUUGUAGGUUUUUGUUGCGAUUACUCGGUGCUUGGCCGGAUCCUUUUCAUAUAAGCAAUUGGACUACUCCCCGAAUAGUUUUCAUCACUGUAACCAUGUUUGGUUUCACCAUCAUUCCACAAACAGUCAAGCUGGCACAUUCGUUGAAGGAUCUCAAUCUUAUCACUGAGAUCAUUGUCAACUGCGACGUUCCAAUCACUAUUGCCGCUGUAAAGUUACUUAACAUGUGUUACCACAGAAAAGAAGAGUACUGCGACCAGUGGUUGCUGAUAUUUGAUAAGCUUUCGUUGGUAUCGGGGGUGAGGAAGCGAGAGCGAGUGCAACCGAGGAUUCACAAGUACGUACGAGAAGAGGUCGGUUUUCGACUCCAAACAGCUAUGGAGGGAUCCAAGGUGGUGCUGGCCCUGGCCCUGUUGGCCGCCGUCUCCCCGUCCCUCGGCGAAACCACGAGUCCCCCGGGCGAGCUGCCCAAGCCCAGCUACGCGCGCACCAUGCUCAAGGUGUCCCGCAGCCUGCCCGGCGAGACCGAGGAGCUCAAGAUCCGCACGGCCGAGGGCAGCCUGGCCACCCUCAUCGUCAAGCGCCGCGAAAAGUCCGUCGUCGAGUCCCCGUCGGCCCAAGGGAGCAACGACACCGACGCCCCCGCGACCACCAUCGGCUACCAAAACGUCGACGUGGACCCCUGGAACCGCUCCCCCGAGCACGACCAGCGCCGCCAGAAGAUCGAGGCUGCGAGGAACUGGGUGCCCCUGAGCCGCACCGCCGACUCCUGGAGGCCCCUCGGCGAGCCCUUGUCGGGGCGCUCGUGGCCGGAGGCCACCCGGGCCGUGCAACGGGUCCCCGCGGACGCGAACUCGAGCGAGCAGCUCUUGCGCUACGCGCUCUUGCCGCACGAGCCAAGGCGCAUGGUGCGCACCAACGUCGGAGCGAACCUGUCCAAGAACCGGGAGGGCAAGGGCACGCCGGCUGAGGUGGUGGUGAGGUCCGAGAUAAACGUCAAGCCCCAGCCGGGGUCUACCGGGCAGCAGGGGAAGCGGGCGCCCGUGGCGUUGGACGCGGAUGGUAUGCCGGUGGUGUACGGCAGGCGGGUGCCCGACGAGCCGAUCGACAAGGUGCAGGUCUGGAGGAACGCGCGGGUGAUCAAUGACCGGUUGGUCACGGAGCCGGCCAAGGGUCUGGAAGAGUCCGGGGGAAGCUUCGACACCUUCUUCGAGGAUGUCAAUCGGAGAUAUGGAAAGUUGGCGGACGACAGCGGCUCGCAAAAGCCCAAGCCCUACCGCAACGAGGUCCUCGGGGCCGAGGUGUACGAGUCGGCCGAGGACACGUACCGCCCGAGCAUCCGCAAGCGCAUGCUGCAGCCGGAAAUCUUGUCGGCCGCCUACCCAAACUCCCGGUUCUACUCGCCGCCCGACACGACCAAGCCAAGCGUGGCGGCCGUGAAACCGGGCACCCGGGCUCCAGUCCUCCAGUACGCCCACCCGGAGUUGGGCGUGCAGCCAGCCAAGGCCGUCGCCAAGAGCGAGCCGCCCAACAACAAAGCGUCGAGGAAGCACGAGGAGACGAUGACCUACACCGAGGCCCCGCUGCUGCAACAAUACGUCCCACCUUCGGGGAGCAGCAACGGGGAGCAGAGGCACCAGAAGAGACGCUACGUCCUCAACGAGAAGAACAUCAUUGACUCGUACAACUACAAGAACUACUACCCCUACACCCCGCACUACUACGGGCUCAAGAGGCCCGCUGUCGAGCCUCCGCUCUGGGUCAAGAUUUCGGAGGGCAUCAAGAACCAGUUCACCGAUGGAGUCGCCAAGAUGUCGGAGCUGACCAAACCCGUGCUCGACCCGUUGGCCGAGGCGACCCGCAAGAUCUCGGAGAACCUCGGCUUGUCGCGCUCCCAGGAUCCCGCCCAGGACAAGGUGGGCAGCGUGGCGACCGGCUCGUCCAUAUUGAUCCCGGCGCUCGGGCUCAUGGCAUCCGGUGCCGCGCUGGGUAUUGGCGCCGUGGCAGUUGGCCGUUACCUGGACGUGGACGUGCUCAAGCGUUCCAACGCCGGUGGUGAGCAUUUCGACGCCGAUGACGAGAGAGCUCUCGAGGCCGUAGCUGGGACGCGUGGCGAGCUGCAAGGGCAACCCAGCGUCAAUCAGAUUUACCUGCUGGUGGAGGGUGAUGGCUACGAUGGGGGAGCGAGUAGGAAGAAAAGGAGCAGCGAUGAUACCGGUUCCAGGAAUAUCCAAAGAAAGGGUGCAGAUCCGAUCGCGGAAAUCGUUGAGAUCGAUUCCCCGUCUCGAUCGCUCGAUGACACCAUUUCCGACGAAGGCAACAACGUCCAACUGGACAACGAAGAGGACUUUGCUGAGGCCAUCGUUCAAAAGGCCUUUGAGGCCAUCACGAGUAGAACAAAAAAAGAUAAAAGCGAGAGAUUAACGGAAGAUACGCGAAUGGCACGAAAGAAGCGAAGCCUCAGUGAUGACGAACUCGACGACGCCUUGCAGAAUUUGGACAAAGUAGAGGUGGCUGAAGGAAGUAGCCAUAUACCUGGUGACUGGUCGAACACGCCCUGCGCCAAGAAAAUAUUCUGCGACGCCAUGGUCAAGCGCGGCUCCGACGCCCACAUGGUUAUGGACAAGAAGAUGUACGGGCUUUUGAGGAUGAUCCAGCCGGCAGCUGCGGUCCAAGUGUCGGCCCACUUCGACGAGGUCAUGGAAGCGGUGAGGAGGCACGACUGCGCGGUCUUCUCGUGUCCCCAGGCCAAAACGCCGCGGUCAGAGACGUUCAGCGCCCCGAGCGCUUGA